UGCGUUGCCGCUGGCAGUGGCCGCAGUGAACCGCGAUCCGUCACUGCUACCCGGCUUACGACUGCGCUUCGUUGCUGUAGACAUCGGCAGAUCACCGCCAUCGCUUUCCAUGGACAAAGACAGCUUGGCUCUAAGGGCGAUGACACAGAUGCGAGAUCUGGGCGUUGUCGCCUUUUUCGGUCCAGACGGUACUUGCCACACCGAGGCGAAGUUAGCCGCUGCCUGGAACUUACCUUUAAUUUCACAUAAAUGCGCGGGUGACCACGGCUUAGCGAACGAGAAGAGCAUUGGUCUGGGCGCCACCUUCGCCCGGACUCUGCCGCCAGCGUAUAAAGUCAGCAAGUCUGUUGUGGCUUUGUUAAAGGCAUUCGGUUGGACCAAGUUUGCGAUAGUUGCCGGAGAUGAACACACCGCCGCAGCACAGCAAAUGGACGCUAUUAAGGAACUGGCCCAGUCUAAUGAAAUGAGCGUGACUGCUGAACAUCGGUUUGCUGACUACAUACCCCGUCAUAUAUCCGACAUGGAGAAGAUUGUUGACCAAACAUACGAUAGAACGAGAGUGUACGUGUUCCUGGGUGAGCACAUAGCGCUGGUGGACUUCGUGAAUGUGUUGCAGCGGCGCGGACUCCUCGACAAAGGAGAGUAUGCUGUGGUGGCUGUUGAUGAUGAGAUAUACGACCCCAACACGGCAGCAAUUACACAUGCUGAUCACCUGGGAUUGAAUAACAGCAACGAUAUCCUGGCGUUCAGAGCUGUUUUACGGCUGACACCUUCGUUCCCAACCAACCCUCAAUAUGCGGUUUUAUGCCAAAUGAUCCGGGAGCUUUCUGCCACGCCGCCUUUCUGCGUGCCGAACUACCAUAAAAUAUUUGAGGACGCGUCGGUACCAAUAGAAGCAGCGCAUUUAUACGACGCUGUUAUUCUGUGGGCUCGUGCGGCCACGGCUGCUAUGCGGGCCGGACUGCCGCCUACUGAUGGCGCCACACUUAUAAAGCUACUAAGACCAACCACUUACAGAUCUGUGCAGGGAUUUGACGUCAAUAUGGACACCGCUGGAGACGCCGAGGGUAACUUCACCGUCAUAGGUUUAGUGACGGACUCUCACACACCUAGUGGAUGGAGCGCCGCGCCAGUCGCCACGUUCAGAUAUCUUAAUUCCACUGAUUUGCUACCAGAAUUAAUUGGCGCCAACACUAUAUCCUGGAUAGGAGGGAAACCUCCAGCCGCCGAGCCUGCGUGCGGUUUCGACGGGGUAAAGUGUUCCUUACCACAUGAUCCUGGAGUACUGUCCGCCAUUUGCGCAGUUACCGCUGCGGCCAUACUCGCUGUGGCUCUUCUGGUCCGGCACUAUAGAUACGAGCAAAAACUGGCGUCAGUAUUAUGGAGGAUCGAGGCUAAAGAUUUGACAUUCAUAACAGCGUUGAACGGAAUCAACUGUGAUAAGAUUGGUUUACCACAAGAAAUGGAGACGCGUCGGGCACACACCACAAUAGCUUUGUACAAGGGCAGCAUCGUCGCAAUCAAAAGCUUGCAAAAGAAGAGUAUUGAUAUCACAAGAAACAUCAAAAAGGAGUUGAAACAGAUUCGGGAGCUUCGUCAUGAGAAUCUAGUGGCUUUCGUGGGCGUGUGCGUGGAGGCUGGCUCCGCGUGUAUCGUAUCGGCUUACUGCUCUCGAGGAUCGCUGGCUAGGGUGUUGGCAGACCGUGAUCUGCACUUGGAUGAUAUGUUCGUGGCAAGCCUCGUGGCCGACUUGCUCCGAGGCUUGAUUUACUUACACGAUUCCACGUUGGUCUCGCAUGGGAAUCUGACGUCUAGCAACUGUCUGGUGGAUAGUCGCUGGGUCCUGCAGAUCGCUGAUUACGGAUUACAUACAUUAAAAAAUGGAUGCACCGACGCAGAAGAUGCUCUUCGCAUGGAAAGACGUAUGCUGUGGCGAGCCCCCGAAUUACUCCGCGACCCUAACCCACCUACAAGAGGUUCCCAGAAAGGCGAUAUGUAUUCCUUCGGGAUUAUAUUGUACGAAAUAUUGGGAAGGAAUGGACCGUGGGGCGAUACGAAUUUGACUAACGCUGAGAUCAUCGGCCGCGUCCGCCAUCCGAUAGGCGGUGUUCUGUUCAGACCGCCAUUGACUAAUGUGAAAGCGCAUCCCGCUGUGCUCGAAGUGCUGAAGUUAUGUCUCAGCGAGAGACCUGAACGUAGACCUGACGUGAGAAUCGCCAAGCUGAGACUAAAGCAGAUGCACGCUGGAAUGAAAACUAACAUAUUCGACAACAUGUUAGCGAUGAUGGAAAAAUACGCAAUGAAUCUUGAGGUACUUGUAGCCGCCAAGACAGAACAACUUAUGCAGGAGAAGAGAAGGACUGAUGAACUGCUAAAUAGAAUGCUUCCAAGGACUGUCGCUGAAGCCCUCAAAAGAGGAGAAAGGUUCCAAGCAGAAAGUUAUGACUGCGUCACAAUUUAUUUUAGUGAUAUAGUUGGCUUCACUAAGCUUGCUGCCACAAACACACCAAUGCAGAUAGUGGAAAUCUUGAACGACUUGUACACCUGUUGUGACGCUAUAAUAUCGUACUACAACGUUUAUAAGGUGGAAACAAUUGGCGACGCGUAUAUGGUUGUGGGCGGACUGCCAGAACGAUGUGCGAGGCAUGCAGCUGAGGUGGCCUCGUUAGCCUUGCACGUGCUUGACUCGGUGCCCAAGAUACCGAUGCGGCACAUGCCUGCUUCACGACUCCAUAUCAGGAUAGGUAUCCACAGCGGGCAAUGCGCGGCUGGUGUGGUGGGUGUCAAGAUGCCCCGAUACUGCCUGUUCGGAGACACCGUAAACACUGCAGCUAGGAUGGAAUCUAGCGGGGAACCGCAGAAGAUUCACGUCAGCAACGACACAUACCUGCUGUUGAAGAAACAUGGCGGAUAUCACUUUAGAGAGAGGGGCAUUGUUAAUAUAAAAGGCAAAGGUGAAAUGAAAACAUGGUGGUUAGUUGGAGAGGAUCACGAAAGAAGACGAAAUUCAUUUUCCAGAUAUCAGCCGGGAUUAGACAGCAUCGAACUUGAAAACGAGCCCUGGCGCCCUCCGGAACGUUCCAUCCUCAACAUUCGAGACAGGGCGCGGCUGUCCUGUGGCUCAGUAAGUUUUGGAUCAGCACUCUCGUCUCCCGGACCUCCGGCUUGCGCGUGCUUCGUACCUCCAAGGGACCAUCACUCGGCCCCAGUAGUAUCCUUCUGCGAGGAAUGAUAUUAACCCCUCACAGACAGCUACAAUUCACUAUUUUGGGUGAAAAAUGAUACCGAAAUACAAGAGGUUAGUAAAAGUACGAAUAAAAUACGUAAUCGUAAAAUUGUGAAGACUAAUAUAACAGAUCAUGAUAUUAACAAUGGUGCAGAUAGAAUACGGUAUAAGGUUAGGAUUUGUAAAUAUGACAGCGACUAUAGGAUAAAUAACGUGAUAGUUGAGAACGAUGAAAUAGUUGUCCAUGAUAAUGUAAGGACGAAGGUAGCUAGGUAUGGAAAAUUACGAGUUGAUUACGAAGGAACUUGGUUGUAAGGCGUAUUAUUAAACUGUGAAUGUGUCCUUUGAUUAAGGAUAAGCGGCCAAAUAUAACUUAUAUUCACCUUCUCCCAAGCGGUGAUUAAUAUUUAUCAAGAAUAUAUUGGAUUCCUUGGAAUUCCAGAUUUGUUGCGAAGUCGUUAGUGAUACAUAUUUGCUUUAGGCAGCAACUUCGAAGUCUCAUUGGAUAUCUGCGAGGGCAUGUUACGUAAAUGUAAGAAUUAUUAAAACGAAAUAAAUAUUUCUGGCAUAUAAAUUGCAAACGUUAAUUUGUUAAUUUAUAGAGCCCCUUUUUAGAGAAUAACAUAAUAUGUGUGUAACUUUUCGACGGAUAAUUGUAUUGCAUAAAAAAAUAAUUGUAAAAGAAGUUUACGAAUUUGUACUGGUAUAAUUAAUACAAUUUUAUAGCUUUUAUCUUUCAAUCAUUAAGCUAUCCGCUAUCCGUGCUCGAUUGACUCAGACACAAUGUUAUUGAGAAAUUACAGUUAAGGAAAGUUUUCGAAUAAUGCAUAACCGAUAAUGGUUCAUUUCACAGAGAGCAUAAAUGAGAGACAUUUGAAUAUGUGUAUACAACAAAGUUGUGUAAGAACAAAAGUUGUGUUGUGUAUUUAUUGACAUUUAAAAACACUGUAUGUAAAUAGACAUUUAAAUUAAUGUUUUAUCGAGAAUAAAAUCUCUCAAGAAACGAAAUAAAAUAGAUAUGGGUAAUAUUUUAUAGUAAACCAAUAAUUAUCUAUAUUUUUUAUAGUUUCAGUAUGAAUUAUGAUGCUUGUGAGUAGUAUUUCCGUAUUUUGAAAUAUCCUAGUCAUUUUUUUUACAUUUACUUGAAACAUUAACGAUGAAUGUAUUGAUUUGGAAAAUUUACUAAUAAUAAUGAUAUUAAUAUUAGAUAUUUGAAAUUUGAUGGUAUGAGCUUUAAUGGAAGUAUAUUAGGUCGUAUCUAUAUACUGAAUCCUAUUGUUUUUGGAUUUGGAUUUAUGGCCUAAUAGUAGGUUUUACGCAUUAUCGUAUAUCUAGUAUUCGUAUCCAGUAAGUUAACGUGUAUACGUAAAAGAAAAUAACAAAUUCGUACUGCCGAUUCUUAUAAGUACAUUUCAAGUUUGUGGUACAUUAUGCCAAUUUCGUUAGGCGUGAUAUACAACGCAUUCCGAUAAACGAUCUUAAUCUUAAUUCUGAUUUCGAGAAUGAACCAACCAAUAUAAAUCAUUUGUAAGGAUGUCAAAACAAACUUUGUCCUGAUUGGUCGAUUUUUGGGAUAGAUGGAAAAAUCUAUUGGGAUCGUUUAUUUAAAUAGCGGUUACUAUUCGAAGUUUACAGUUCCAAAUACGUUUAUGGGACGCUGGUCAAAUUUCCAUAAAAAAAAAUAUUUUGUCAAAACUAUUACUUUAACCAUACAUAGCGCGUAAAUUCGUGCUCGGGCUAAAAGUAGAUUACGAUUGCAAAAUGUGUAGCGUAUAAUUUUUAAAUGUUGUGAUUAAAAAAUGAAGCGAAGGAUUUCUUGGAGAGUUACAAGUUAAUCAUUUCGAGCAUGCGUAUGUAAAUAUAUAUCAUAUUAUGGGUUUAUUGUAAGUAGCUAUGUGUUCGCGUAUACGAUGUCAGUUCAGAUAUAGGCUAACUUUCUAAAUAUUAAGAAAAAGAAUGUCCGAACAAUUCUAGUCAUUGAUCUCAAUAUUAGAUUUUUUAUUAAAAUAAUACAUGCAUGUCCAUUUUAUCUACUUAUAUAAUAAUGUACUAUGUUUUUACGCUGGUAAUUUUGUAGAGAUUCAAUAAGUGUAAUUCGUGUAAAUAUUUAAAUUAAAAAGUUCAACGUGGCCAUGUAGCUAGCUAAAAAAAUAGUAGAAAUACUGGCUCAAUAUUGGUAUUAUUGUAGAUUACAAUGGAAUAAAAGACAAUGAAAAUAAGACUAUAUUUUGCGGACAUUACUACAAUGUGUUGUUAUAUUGCUGUAAGUGGUGUAUAACUAUUAAUCUUAGAUAAAAAUAUCUUUCAGGAAUUAAAAAGACGGGCUUACCCGAAUAGUAGAAAAUGCUAACAAACUUACCAACGGAAUUGUACACUUAUAUAUCAACGACCUUAAACUAUGUUAUAUUUAUAAAUUAUAAAAUAAUGUCCGUCUAUUUGUAAGAUUUAAAUUGAUGUAUAUGUAUUUUAUAUAAUAUUUAUCUGUAAAAUUAUUGUUGUUAAAUGUUCUAAAGAUGGACAAUUUACAAAACUUAUAUCUUUGAUGUUUAUGAGUGGAUCAAAAAAUUGCUGUUGACUGUCUAUGAAAUAAAGUUUUUGUACAUAAAAC